CGGUGUAUUACACGGAUAUUUCUGCUAUUCUGAUGAAUUCUUUCGGUGCUGUCAGAAAAUUUAAGUUUUUUAAUUUUCGCGUAGUUGUGGACAGCCGAAACAGAGAUGUCCUCAAUAACCUCAGAAUUAUCCAGCAGCACAAUGGAUAAUUCCAAGGCGACACUCAACAUGGAAAAUGAAAUAAUUCUACAAAACAACUCAUCAGAUGUAACAAUUUCAAAGUUUGAAUGUUCUACAACCAUCUCAACAACUGUACCAACAUCCAACUCCAUUACCAUGAAAACACUACCAGUAGUCUACAUACAAACACCAUUCACCACCAUCAAUAAAAAUAACAGCAAUUUAAUCAACGUGAACAAUGUGCCACAGUUUCAAUUCACCACUUUAGGGCAAAACUCUACACCAAAACAACAAAAUGUAAUAUUAGCACCAAUGAAUACUGGUAAACAAUUAUUAAUUCAGAAACAGAACGUCGUGCCUAUUUUACCAGCCACCACAACCAAAGUAAGUGGUUUAAACCUCGGCAUGUUAAAAACAGUUAAAUCAACCGAACAGUCACAGGACUGUUCACAAAAAUACGUUCUGAGUAGGCUACCAAUAACCGCAAAAAAUAAUGUGAUAAAACCCAAAGUACCAAUUCUGCCAGCACCAAUUAAAUCACAGGAACAAAUACCUCCAACCCCAGCGAAAAUUAUUAAUUUCAAAUUUGUGGAUGGGGAACUGCAGAGGGACAAUAAUGUUGUUGUUUGUGAUAAUUCCAAUCAGGAGAAUGACAAUUCGGAUGUGGAAAGUUCCAUAUUGUGUGAUGAGAUUAUGGAUGACAGUCCGGUUAAACUUGAGAAGGGCUUUGAUCUCAACAAUAAAAUACCUGGUAUUCUUAAGGAGUCGGUUAAGUUUCCUAAACAUGGGAUUUCUAUACUAAAAAAGAAUUAUUCAUUUUCAGAAAGAAAACCAGAUAAAGUUGAACCUAAAGAAGAAGUGAUUGUUAAUGAUGUUUCAGUAAGUGAGGAGACAAUAACUGUGCCAGACAUAAAAGCCACACAGAAGUCAGAGAGAAGGAGGAAGUCUAAUUUUUCAUACAGAAAAGACUAUGAUGACUUGGAAAUAAGCACAGUAAGUGAUAAUAGUUUUGAUAAAACAGCUAGCAAAAAAAUAGAUAUGACUAGUGACUGUGAGAUAAAAGUAAAGGAUGAAACAAAACCUGAUGUAGACAUAAACAUGAAUGCAGAUCUAGUGUUUGAGAGCAUGUUACAAUGGGAGGAUGGCAUUGGUUCAUUGCCAGGCAGUGGACUGAAAUUUUUUAAAAACGAAUUCGAACUAAUAGAAUUCGUUACCGACGAGGAAUACCUGAAAAUGCGACCGAAAAAGCUCCAAAAAGAAAAGUCCGACUACCAGGAGGAGAUGCGUUGCUUGGAGUGCGGCUGUUACGGUUUGCCUUCGGAGUUCAUCAACCCGAAAUUCUGCAGCAACGCGUGUCAGGAAGCUAGCAACAACAAAUUGCCUAAGAUAAAACGCAAACGGCGACGCGGCUGGGGCAAGAAAACCGACUCGGACAACAACAAGGAUCAGAACAGCGACGACGAUGAGGAGGACGUGUCGAACGAGAACAGCCAGGACAAGUACGCUUAUCCCUGGGCCUGCGGCAAGAAAGGCUUCUCCUGGUCCAAGUAUCUGGACCACAUGAAGGCGAAACCGUCGCCGGUCAAAUUAUUCAAGGAUCCGUUCCCGUACACAAGGAACGGUUUCAGGCCGGGCAUGAAGCUGGAGGGCGUCGAUCCGCAACAUCCCGCCUGCUUCUGCGUGAUGAGCGUCGCCGAGGUCAAUGGUUACAGGAUCCGGCUGCAUUUCGACGGGUAUCCGGACAACUACGACUUCUGGUGCAACGCGGACUCCAUGGAUAUAUUUCCGAUGGGCUGGUGCGAGAAGUACGGACACGUGCUGCAGCCGCCUCCCGGCUAUACGGUGGACAACUUCAAUUGGCUUCAGUAUUUGAAGGUGACGAAGUCCACGGCGGCGCCCAAGCAUCUGUUCUGUAAUCGCGCUGGAAACGCAAUUUGUCCGAAUGGCUUUCGUGUGGGAAUGAAACUGGAGGCGGUGGACAGAAAGAAUACGUCUCUAGUAUGCGUAGCAACCGUUCGUGAUAUGAUGGAUAACAGAAUAUUGGUCCACUUCGACAGUUGGGACGACAUUUACGACUAUUGGGCCGAUCCGACUUCGCCUUACAUUCAUCCUGUCGGAUGGUGCGAUCAGUAUGGUCACAAUUUGACACCACCCAAUGAUUAUCCGAAUCCAGAGUCGUUUACGUGGGAGGCUUACUUGAAGGAAACUAAAUCGGUGGCUGCGCCCGUAAGAGCUUUCAAACAAAGGGCAGCUUGUGGCUUUAAAAAAGGAAUGAGACUUGAGUGUGUGGAUAAGCGGGUGCCACAGUUAAUAAGAGUGGCGACAGUGGACGACGUUAAAGGCCAUCAACUCCGUAUCCGAUUCGAUGGUUGGCCGGAUAGAUAUAGUUAUUGGGUUGACGACGAUUCUCCAGAUAUCCAUCCAGUAGGCUGGUGUCAAAAAACCGGACAUCCAAUUGAACCGCCACUAACCCCAGAUGACGUUUACGAUUUCUUAGAGUGUCCGACGGUGGGUUGCCGAGGCCAGGGUGACAUCAGGGGUCCGAAAUAUCUUACGCAUUCGACGCAGAAGUACUGUCCGUAUGCAGAGGAAAACAUAGACGCUGAUAAAGUACUGCCGGACAGACUGUUGAGUCCGGACAGAACUCUGGAGGCUGUGAUUCCAGUAUCGCGUGAACCAAGGGAGAAACCGAGGAAUAAGGUGGGUAGACCUCCGAAGAAUCGUCCGAAAAUUGAACCUGUGGAUGAGGUGGUUGAGCCGAAACCAAAGCGGAAAUACAGAAAGCGUAUUAAGUUGGAACCGACUGAGAGCGCAGAAGAAAAGGCAAUCAGUUUUAUUGAGGAAAGCAAUAUUACACCAGUGGAAAAGGAAGUAUUCCAUAAACAUACAAAGUUUCUACGUGAAUUUGUUACGGAAAAUAUGGAUGCGAGAACGUGGGACUGUCAAGAGGUUAGACAAUUUGUUUCAUCAAUACCAGAUUGUCGAUCUUACAGUGAUAUAUUCUUGGAUGAAGAUAUUGAUGGAGAGUCCCUGCUGGCACUGAGUCAAAAAGACAUGGUGUCAAUAUUGAAAAUUAAACUAGGUCCAGCAAUAAAACUGUACAAUAGCGUACUUUUGUUAAGGCAGCACACUAAUAAUCAAAUGUAUGAAUAGUCGUUACUUUAUUUGUAUAAUAAUUUAUUUAUAUGUUAUGUUUUAUUUUGCCUUAAUGUACAUGUUGUAUAAUAUUGUGGAAAAAAAAAUGAUCUACUUUUUGAAUAAGAAAUGUUUUCUGAAAAAUAUACUGUCUUAUUUUAUA